AUGAACACCUCGGAUGAAGUGCGGCUUCUAUCUGGAAGGGCCUCCCAGCUUUCUAAAGCGCAAGAUCUGGCAAGAUUCGAUGGGAGGGGUAUCUAUGGGCAAGGGGUCUUCUUGGAUGAGGACGAUCUUCAAAUUGUACCAGGGAUAAUAAGUACAGUCCGAAAGAGCUCUGCGGAGCGCGAUCCCUGUCUCUGCUGGUCACCGAAGGUGGCCUGGACAGCCUCCAUGCCCUGGAAAGCUAGUCCACAUUGGACGGCGAGGAACCAGCUUUCCAAAAUCAGCAAGACCAUUGAUGAGAAGAGAACCGUUGAUGAGAAGAGAGCCGUUGAUGAGAAUAGCACCGAGCGGGCAGGAAAUCCCAGCGGUACCAAUGGGGAUGAGUACAGCACACAUACGAACGGCGAGUUUUGGGUUCCUACAUCGACCCGGGGGUCGGCAACCACCCGGGGAACGGCGUCGAACCGGCGACCUGUCGCUGCUGAGAAGACGUCCACGAGUCGAGACUCCUCCGGUCGCUGGGCAGUCAAUUCCACUAGCCAUUGGACCGCGAGUCCUUCUGGGUCGCGACUGCCACCUUACUCCUCACGAGCUCCUUCUUCCAAAUCGUCCUUCUCUGAGACCGACCCAGCUGCGUUGAGGACUGCUGCUCUAGAGGCUGCGGCUCUGGAUGUCGCCGCACUUGAGAUGCCCGAGGCCACGGGCAUUGCUACACCCAUGUGCAGCUCGUCUUCUAUCGCCAGCACUCCGUUACGUGCAGUACCCCGUGGGGGGCCUGGCCCGAACUCCCAUCGGAAGCAACAUCGGGUAAACAUUCGUUCCGAUCUUAACAUCGGUAUAGAGUAUGUUCAGCAACAUCCCUACAUUGAACAGCAUGCUACUGUCAUUGAACAGCAUGCUACUGUAAUUGAACCGCAUGCUACUGUCAUUGAACACCGGUAUGCUGGGGGUGUCGACCAGCAUGCUACCAAUGCAUACAGCAGUAAUACCAAUGGAAACCAUGACGGUGUCUAUGCAAACACCGAUGGUGCGAAUUCAGACAAGACCGAGGAGAGAGGAAGCGUGUCCACGAAGGAAGGGACCCGCGUGGUAUCGCGCACUAUAACGCGGCUGGACCUGAUGACUCCGUCUCCGGAUGCUCCCUCUGGUGAGGGGUGCACUGGAAAGGGUGGGGGCGUAUCCCAGGACGACGUGACUGCGGCGGACCUGGUGUGGCAGAUGGGACCGGAGAAGAGUUGCCGGAUGCAGAAGGCGUACGAGGCGAUCGACAUUACCACGGACCCAGUGGCAUCGGCCUUAUUGAACAAGAUUAUGCAAAAGGACCCGACGUUGGGGUCCUCUCAGUUGGAGAGUUUUCGCGCUGAGGAGGGGGACUUGACGAUCGACCGGAGCCGGGCGGUGCAGCCGCUGCCGAGUCGCCGUCGAGUCCGCACGGUGGCACCGAAUCAGAAGGUCGCCGGUUCGAAUCCCAUGACGUCUGCAGACGACCCCGAUUUCCCCCCGGUGGAGGCCAACGACAAACGAGUGCGUGCUAUAAUGACGCGCUUCCUACGGCGGGUCGACGUGUCCGCAGUCGUCCGGGCCCCACGAGGCAUCCGGCUGCUCCAUGGAUUUGUCAUUAGUCUUCUCCUGGCCGACGGCUCGGACCCAACCGCCUCUCCUUCGGCACGUAGUCCCUCUUUCUCGGGGCGCAGUCCCUCGCCUUCAGUCAGCAGCCUCUCGCCUUCGCGAACGCGCAGUCCUUCGCGAACGCGCAGUCCUUCGCGAACGCGCAGUCCCUCUCGAACUGCCAGUCCCUCCGUUGGGAGUCCCUCCAUGGGGAGUCCCUCCAUGGGGAGUCCCCCCGUGGGGAGUCCCCCCGUGGGGAGUCCCCCCGUGGGGAGUCCCCCCGUGGGGAGUCCGUCUGUGGGGAGUCUCUCAGUGGGGAGUCCGUCAGUGGGAAGUCCGUCAAUGGGGAGUCCGUCUGUGGGGAGUCCGUCUGUGGGGAGUCCGUCUAUGGGGGCUCUGUCACUGAGGAGUCCGUCCAGGCUAGGGAACCUGAACUCUAGUCAGAAGCUACCGGACGUGCUGGGUGUGCUCCUGUCUUUCGGGCCCAAGUCUAAACUGUACAAGUUGAGGGAUCUGCGAUCGGUUGAUUACUCCAAGAACGCCAUUAAGAACGCCCGUAAACAAAUAAUGGACGUAGUACCCGAGAAGGAGUGGCCCACCGAGGGCAUUCCCCCAGGAGGUAAUAAUGUGGUCGUGUGCUAUUUCAAUGGACACUCCAUACCGGUAAUUCUUUUGUUCGAGAACUCGAGCGAUCGGUUGGACUUCGUUGAACUUCUUACCGCAGCCACCAAAGAGCAGGGGUACGAAACCAACUUUAUUUGGAGAGUAGCCAAAUAG